AGGCUCUCAAGGUGGCUCGCCUGCUUCAUCGCCGCCUGGCUAAGCCUCCGGCUGCUCCAGUCGAAGCAGAGCCCGAGCUUUACCAGCACCGCGGCCGAGCCCGGGUCCGAUGAGCUCCCAGGCCACCUGGCUUCCAAGCCCGUCCGGUACGCCGGACGGACCCUCGAUCUGACGCUCUUCGCCGUCACGCGCGCGCUCGAUGUCAUCGCCGGCGAGCUGUGGCACCGCCGCAGGCUCCGCCGGCAGGCCGCCGGCCAGUGGACGCCCGUCGAGGCCGCCAUCUCCCGGCUCACCGACCCGGCCGUCUUCGCCCUCUCCAGCGGCAUCGUCAUGUGGACGUGGAUCUACCAGCCGUCGCGCCUGCCGCGCGCCUACGACAAGUGGAUCCGCUCCGCCGCCGCCGUCGACGAGCGACUGCUCGAGGCGCUCCGCCGGUGCCGCGCCGGCGAGCUGGUCUAUGGCCGCGACACCGGCCAGGCCCCGCUGCUCGGCGCCAUGUGCGCCGACUACGGCUGGCCGCGCGAGUGGGGAGAUCCGGCCCGGUCGAUCCCCUUCCCCUGCGAGAUGGUGCACAUGGGCUGCGGCCCGUCGUGCGAGCGCCACGCCGCCUCGCGCUUCCUCCGCUCCUUCCGCUGGGCCCUGACCAGCUACCUGCCCAUCGCGCUCGUGCUCGCCGCGUCGCGCAGCAGCAGCAGUAGCACCAGCAGAACCAGCAGCAGAACCAGCAACAGCCUCCGCGCGCUGCGCCACGCGCUGCUCUCGGCCGCCCGCUCCUCCACCUUCCUCGGCGCCUUCAUCGCGCUGUUCUACUACGGCGUGUGCCUGGCGCGCACGCGGCUCGGGCCGCGCGUGCUGGGCUCCCACCCGGGCGCGCGCCAGCGCAUCGACGGCGGCGCGUGCGUCGCGGCCGGCUGCGCGCUCUGCGGCUGGAGCAUCCUGCUCGAGAGCGCCCGCCGCCGCGGCGACGUCGCGCUGUUCGUCGCUCCCCGCGCGCUCGCCGCCCUGCUGCCCCGCCGCUACAACGCCGACAUGCAGUGGCGCGAGACGCUCGCCUUCGCCGCCAGCACCGCUGUCGUCUUCGCCUGCGCGCUCGAGAACCCCCGCCGCGUCCGCGGGUUGAUCGGCGCGCUGCUCGGUGUCGUGCUG